AGUAUGCACGCCGAAACGUCACCAUAUUUCAGCAUUCAGUCCAGUGCUCUUCUUCCACUGCACACGGUAUCCGAAGAGUCGUAUCCCGCACCACCACCCACCCCCGCGAUCUCCGUUCCCCAAGCAUGGAUUUGAUAGUGCGACAGGUGCUGUUCGCCCUGAUGGCGAGCAUCAGCAUCGUGCUCUGCGAGCCACCCCUCAGCAAUCAGUACGGCGUUCCCGGAAAUUACGCAGGUGGAGGUCAUCAUGGGGCACAAGGUGGUGGGAACGGAUUUGGGGGCCAUUACGGUGGGCACGAUAAUCAAGAUUACACGGAUAAUGAGCCCAAGGCCUACGAGUUCGGCUAUUCCGUGAAGGAUCAGGCUACCGGAAACGAUUUCGGAAGGCAAGAGACGAGCGACGGGGAGACCGUUCGCGGCGAGUAUAGAGUGCAGCUUCCGGACGGUAGGACGCAGAUUGUCACCUACACCGCCGACUGGAGGACCGGUUUUCACGCUGAUGUCAGGUACGAGGGUACCGCGUCUUAUCCGGACCAGUACAACACCGGGUACAACGCUGGUCAGGGCGGUGGUUUCACUGGCAAUCAAAUCGGCGGCGGAUACCCCGGAGGUAACCAGGGUGGUUACAACUAUCCACAGAGCGGUGGACACUACAAUAACGCCAACAACUAUAACAACUACCAGUUUGGCUCUAACUCCGUAGACAGCUAUAACAACUUCGGUGGGAGGAAUAAUUACCCAGGAGCACCGUCACCCACAUACGGUCCCUCUUUCCGUUAGAGCACAUAAGAAAGUAUUAUAUAGGAUAUACCGAUCCCGCUUGUGAGCGCAGUCUUUUUUCCAAUAAAGACAUUUUUUCAUAAAAAAAAAUUCUUGUUUGUGUAAUACCA